AUGCUUCAGAAGCCGGGAUCGUCCUCAGGGCGCAAUAAGAACUACCAGAGUCGCCGGAAGACUCAGGAAUCUCCUGAACAGGUUUUGCGUGGACUGCAACGCAUAGGCCCCAACAAACGAUGUGCUGACUGUAACUCAAAGUUGCCAAGUUGCGUCAAUCUGACGGUUGGUACCUUUAUCUGCAUCUCUUGCGCUGGGAUCCAUCGUGAGCACAAUCACCGUGUUAAGGGCAUUGGACACUCUAGCUUUUCGCCGGAAGAGGCCGAACAAAUGAAAGGCACGGAUAAUGACAAAGUCAAUCAAAUCUAUCUGGCGCGAUACAACCCUGGCACAGACCGCUUAAGGCAGCCCCAGGAUAACUCUGACUUGCAGUUGUUGAGGGCAUGGAUUAAACGCAAAUAUCAUGAUAAGGCGUGGUAUGCCAAUAAUCAGCCGACGAUGGCGCAGAUCCCGCCGAAGAAACAACAGCAACAAGCGCCUAAUAGACAGCCACAAGGAGAUCUUUUGGGUGCUUUUAACGCUCCUGCUCCCAGUCAGCCAGGAGGUGGCGGAUGGGAUGCUUUUAGUGGAAGCAGUCAAGCACAGGCCGGUAACCAAGCUGGAGGAUGGGACGCUUUUGGUGGAAGUGCCGGUAACCAGACGCAGCAAGGUGGUUUUGCUAAUUUCAACCAGCAGCAGCAGCCACCACCACAACAAAAUCAACAAGGUGGAUUUGCUAACUUUGGUGCACAGCCAGCUCCACAGCAGCAACAGCAGAGCUUUGCCAAUUUUCCUGCUGCCCCUGCCCCACAACAGGCGCCCCAACAGAAUCAGCAACAAGGAGGUGGAUUCGCAAACUUCAACCAACAGCCUGGUCAGCAGCAGAAUCAGUUUGGUCAGCCACAGCAGCAGCAGCAACAGCAAUCUGGAGGAUUUGCUAAUUUCAACCAGCAACAGCCAGCUCAACAACAAAACCAACAAGGCGGAUUUGCCAAUUUUGGAGCACAGCCAGCUCCACAGCAGGCUCCUCAACAGAGUCAGCAGCAAGGUGGAGCAUUUGCGAACUUCAACCAGCAGCCCACUCAGCAGCCCACUCAGCAGCAGAAUCAAUUUGCUGGGCAACCACAGCAGCAGCAGCCAUCUCAGCAACAAGCUGCAGGAUUUGCAAAUUUCAACCAGCAGCAAAAACCACCCCAGCAGUCUCCACAACAAAACCAACAAGGUGGAUUUGCAAAUUUCGGGGCACAGCCAGCUCCACAGCAGCAGCAGCAGCAGCAACAGCAGGGCUUUGCAAAUUUUUCAUCUGCGCCUGCCCCUCAGCAAGCUCCUCAACAGAAUCAGCAACAACAAGGUGGGGGAUUUGCAAACUUCAACCAACAGCCGGCUCAACCACAGAAUCAGUUUGGUCAGCCACAGCAGCAGCCACAGCAACAGCAGCAACCCGGGGGGUUUGCUACUUUCAGCCAGCAGCAACCACCACCGCAGCAGCCGCCACAACAAAACCAGCAGGCAGCUCUGCAGCAGAAUCAGUUUGGAGGUCAGCAACAACAGCAACCCCAGCAGCAAGGCAACUUCAACCAGCAGCAGAACCAGCUGGGACAGCAGCCAGCUCAGCAGCAGCAAGGAGGUGGAUUUGGCAAUUUCAACAAACAACAGCCAGCUCCACAGCAGAAUCAGUUUGGUGCUGUACCACAACAGCAAUCUGAUGCAUUUGCUAAUAUGAACCCAUCUCAACCUCCUCAGGUGCAGCAGCAACAGCAAACCCAAGCUCCACCACUGCAGACUCAAGGAAGUCAGUCGCAGCAGCAGAUGGGUGGAUUUGGACAGCAGCAACAAGGAGAAAAAAACGCAGACCCGUUUGCGAAUAUGGGUCCACCCCAACAGCGGCAGCCUCCCCCGCUUCAGGCCCAUAGCCCUGCACCACCACAGCAGCAGCAACAGACGCAGCAGUCGGCAAUCUCGAAUCUUCAGAAUCUUGCCUUGUCGUCGCAACCCGUCAACGCAGCGACAGGGGCUCCUCAGGGAACUUCGUCAAUGAAUGGUGGCGGCGGUGCUACUCAGGAACAGAUGGAAACGAAACGUUCGUUCGACAUUCCGUCUCCUACGCGUGAUGUGAGUGGGGCGCAAACUCCCACUCGAAUGCCGGCUCCUGCCGCUGCAUCCACAGCGCACUCGGAAGCGUCUGUGUCUGCAACCUCUCGGGGGAGUGUUGCUAAGUACGCCAAGGGCCAGAAGGUGUAUUAUAGGAACUCUUCCAUGACUACCGAGGCGACUAUUGUGAAGGUUCACUUUGACGAUGCCUUGGAACCGUUCUACACCGUGAACAUCGACGGCAAAGAAAAACAGACUGAUGAUGCUCAUUUGUUCAAGGACCAUCCUCUUCAGUGCGAUAUUGUGAAGGUGCUCGAAGGAAUGACCGAAACACAGCUACAACAGGUGUUGCAGUACGUGAAACAAGUGAGUAGUGGCAACACUGCUCCGGCACCAACCCCUGGCCCGGCCGGUGGAAUGCAGCCGCAGAGCUUUUCGCAGAAGUCACCUGCUAGGACACAAGGGGUGCUUCAACCUACCGCUCAAUCCCCUCUGCCAACCAUGGCGGCCAACGACAAAGCGCGGAGUCUCAGUCCAAUGCCGGCUCCAAUUCCAGCCUCUGCGCCAGCCCCUUUCCCCACGCCACAGAUGCAGCAGCCCGCACAGGCUGGAAUGAAUCCCAACGUAAUGGGUUCCGGAGGCCAAGGCUUGUCGAUCCCUGAUAUGACCCCACAACCGGCACCCGCCCAAGCACCCUCGCCUCAAAUGCCGAUGAAUGCAAACGCUCCUGCGCCGAUGCCUGGACCUGGCUCUAUGGCCCCUAUGCCAGCACCCGCGAUGGCUUCGCCUAUGCCAGCACCCAACAUGGGGUCACCUAUGCCAGCACCUAACACGGGGUCCACGAUGCCUGCGCCCAACAUGGGAUCACCCAUGCCUGCUCCGAACAUGGGAUCCACGAUGCCUGCGCCCAACAUGGGGAUGGGGUCCACGAUGCCUGCACCCAACAUGGGGUCGUCGAUGCCUGCUCCCAAAAUGGGGAUGGGGUCCACGAUGCCUGCUCCCAACAUGGGAUCACCCAUGCCUGCUCCCAACAUGGCUUCCAACCAAAGCGGUGGUCUUAGCAUGCCAGCUCCAGGACAAAUGCAGCAGCCGAACAACAUGGGCUUCGGGGGCAUGAGUGCCGCCCCGCAACAACAGCAAAAUCUGGGCAACCAAAUGCCCUUGUCGCAGCAGCUCCAGCAGCAACCUCAACAGCAGCAGAUGCAGCAGCAACCUCAACCUCAACAGCAGCAGAUGCAAGCACCACCACAAGGAGGAAACCCUUUCGAUUUCUAUUGA